GUGUAUUACGUCAACCCGUCCGCGUGCUGCUGCCGGCUGUUUCCUCGCGCCACAUCCAUCCAUCAAUCAACUACUCGAGCAGCCGAAAAGAGAGCGACCCAAGCAAAGACGCAUCUGAUAGAAGGAUGAGUGAUUACCCUCCCCCGUACGGUCCUCACACCCACGCCUACCCUCCAGCUCUCGGCCCUCAGCCCCCAGCAUUCCCCGGCUCCUCCUACCAGACCUUCCCUCAGAACUACACAGGAGGAGCAGGCGGCUAUCCACCUGGGCCCGAAGGGGCCUACAUGAACCAGCCAGGAUACCAGGGCUACCAGAGCGGGCCCCACGGACACUACGGAGAGCAGGCUAGACCCAACACCACAGUGGUCGUGGUCGAGCAGCAGCGGCCCCGUGAAGAGGAGAGCGGCGCUGAGGAUGGCUUCCUGGCGGGGUGUUACGCUGCUCUGUGCUGCUGCUGCCUCAUGGACAUGCUGAGCGACGACCACUCUAGCUGUGACGACUUUUAAUGAGCGAUGACCACUCCCACUGUGACGACUAUCACUGAGCAAUGACCACUCCCACUGUGCCGACCACUCCCACUGUGCCGACCACUCCCACUGUGACGACCACUCCCAUUGUGACGACCACUCAGACAGUGACAACCACUCAAACUGUGAUGACCACUCCCACUGUGACGACCACUCCCCCUGUGACGACCACUCAAACUGUGAUGACCACUCCCACUGUGACGACCACACCCACUGUGACGUCCACUCCCACUGUGACGACCACUCAGACCAUGACGACCACGCCCACUGUGACGUCCACUCCCACUGUGACGUCCACUCCCACUGUGACGACCACUCAAACUGUGAUAACCACUCCCACUGUGACGACCACUAAGACCGUGACGACCACUCCCACUGUGACGACCACUCAAACUGUGAUGACCACUCCCACUGUGACGACCACUAAGACUGUGACGACCACUCAAACUGUGACGACCACUCCCACUGUGACGUCCACUCCCACUGUGACGACCACUCCCACUGUGACGACCACUAAGACUGUGACGACCACUCAAACUGUGACGACCACACCCACUGUGACGUCCACUCCCACUGUGACGACCACUAAGACUGUGACGUCCACUCCCACUUUGACGACCACUCCGACUGCUAAAACAAAUAAGAAAUGAUUUUUAAAAAGUGUAAAAAAAAAUGUUUUGAUGUAUAAGAAGGUUUUUAGUCUUCACCUUUUGAAGGACGGGUUUUCUGAUUGGACAAAGAUUGAUUAAUACGUGGUAGUUAUUUCCUGUUUCUGUGGUUGUUUAAUCGAGCGCUGUAAUUAAAACAAAGUUCAGAUCAGAAGGCUGAGUUCAUCAUCCAUCUGUUCAUGAACUUCUUCAUUAAA